UGUCCUGCACAGACCUAUAUAUGGUGAACACCUUGCAGCCCAAGCCAUCAUGUCUGAUACCCAACCUUUUCAGCGCAUGGGAGAGUAUAAUCUAGAAUACGAUGAUGGUCAAAGAGAACAUGUCUUCAGAUCUUGGAAUAGACAGAUUCUCAAGACCAUCACUGACCUGACUGGCAAGAAUUUGGCCAUUAUUGUCCUGGCUGUUGCUCUGGUGCUAUCCUUGAUCGUUACCAUUGUGGUGGUCAGUACUGCUUCUACGACAAGGACGAAACCCUUGGUCAGCCAGGAAAACUUCACUGUUAUCUGUCAGACAAACUACCCAGAGGACAGUAGUUCAAGCCUUUAUGACAAUGUUUUUGAAGAUCUGUCGUCUGAUGAGAUUAAUGCUAUUUAUAAAUAUGUGAUAAGCCAGUCUGACCUUUAUGUCGAAGGCUCCACUGAUUCUAGCGAGGGCAGUGUCUACGGAAUAGAACUUCACAUACCUAAUAAAACGAGCGCUGUUGAUUUUCUAGACAGCAGGGGACCCAAGCCGGCCCGAGAGGCCAGAGUGUUCAUCUCACAUCUCAAUUGGAUACCACCCGUGGUUGCAGAAUACGUUGUAGGCCCACUACCUACACCUACCUACCAUUAUUACAACCCUCGUCACCACGAGCAUGUCCCAUAUAGAUUUCAUCCGACAUUUGGCUACCGAAAAGCUCGCGAUAGUUUGAAAACGUGCUUAAAUGAUGACCUUCACAUGAUUUUCAAUGAAAGUUUCGGCGCUUCUUUAGAGAACUGUGGCAGGAAAUGCCUGGACUUGAUGCUACAAAGGACUAACUCCGCUUACUCAGAACACACCAUAAUUCUCAUCUAUCUAGUCUACAAGACAGACUUCCCUACAGUGAAUACCCUGGACAUGGUCUUCCUCAUGAAUGAAACGCACGUAGGUAAUGAAGAAUUUAUAUGUGAAUCUGUGUUCUACGGAGGUCAGCAUUUUCCCUCCAUCGAUUUAUUCAUCAAAGCCUAUCGUCGUGGGGAUAUCAAAAAGGUCAAGAUGAACUUUCCAAGUCUUGCUCCAGGCGAGACUUCAAUGCCAUCCACCAUGCACCUCAGAGGGAAAACGUUUCCACAUAACGACCAGGCAGGACCAAAAGAAUAUGAACCCGAUGGAAAACGUUACAGGGUGAAAGGUCAACACAUUGAGUACAUGGAGUGGAGCUUCAACUACAGAAUCUCGACUGUUUCUGGACCUCAAGUUUGGGAUGUUAGGUGGUCAGGGGACAGAAUCGCUUAUGAAAUAAGUCUCCAGGAGUUGGCAGUGUUCUACGCAGGGGACAACCCUGCCACCUUUUACACACAUCUUUCUGACAGCGCUUUCGGCAUAGGAAACAGAGCUUACGGUCUGAUGCCUGGAGUGGACUGCCCAGAGCACGCCACUUUUCUUCCAGUGACUUUCUUUGAUGAAGGCGAAUCUGUGACUGUCGCCAACGCUUUCUGUGUGUUUGAACACAACUCCGGUGUUCCAUUAAGACGACACAACUCCAACCUGGACUUCAAGAAUUAUGGUGGUCUGGUGGACCGUGUCCUGGUGGUCCGAACAAUCAUUGUCGAAUACAAUUACGAUUAUAUCUUUGACAUGAUUUUCCACCAAAACGGCGCUAUCGAAGUGAAGACUUAUGCAACUGGUUACCUCAUGUCACAUGCUUUCCAUGACGGCGAUGACAGAUUCGGAUUCAAAAUCGCAAACAAUAUAGUUGGAUCAAUUCACCACCAUUUGUUUAACUAUAAGAUUGACCUUGACAUUAAUGGUCAGGCUAACCGCUACGAGACCCUUGACCUGACCUUGGACGAGAGGAAGUGGCCUUGGUACAAAUCGGGGCAAGAAACUUUCCAGCAGCUGUCGUUCAGUCACACGUUAAAAGAAUCAGAGUUGCAGGCCGUGUACAGAUACAACUUCUCGACGCCCAAAUAUCACAUCGUCUACAACAACCAGGAGAGGAACAAAUUUGGGGCUCACAGGUCAUACAGAAUGUCUGUCGACGGGUUCAGUAAAGUCUUAUUUCCAGAUGACUCGCCAAUGUUGUCCAGCAGAAAAUGGUGCAAGUACCAGAUAGCCGCCACACAUCGUAAAGAUGAAGAAGAGUCCAGCAGCUCCAUCUUCUCAAUGUUUGAUGGUCAGAGUCCUCACGUGGACUUUGAUCGCUUUUUACAAGAUAAUGAAAGUUUAGUGGACCAGGACCUUGUAUUUUGGGUGACUGUUGGUGUUCACCACAUCCCCCACACCGAGGACAUCCCCAACACCCCAACAGUAGGCACCCAGGCAACAAUCAGUCUGAUGCCGUAUAAUUAUUUCCCCGAAUGUCCGUCCGUUGGGUCACGUGAUGCGGUCCGCGCUGAUGCUAUCAAAGACUCAGUAGUGUUCCAGGACUACAAUAUCUCUCUCAGUUCUCAGUGUUUACCAAAGACUUUAAAUCUGACCUAUUUGGAAAACGAUUCAUCCUAUUUAUUUCCAUGAAUAAGCACACACUUUCUCUAACAUUUUAAACCCUAAAUAACUAUUUCCAAUUUCCUUAAUUACCUUUACAGCCUGUUUCUUUUUAAAAAGUCCUUGAAUGUUCAAUAAUUUUUUCAAAGUGCCUCACAGUCCUGUAUGUCGCAGUAUUAAAAAAAAUGGGUACGUACAGUAAUUCAACUGUUACUAUAGUCUGACACAGUCAACCAGUUGCUAUGCUAAAUGGCUAUUUAGACCAUUCAGUGUCCUUAAAGUUUGGCGAUGACUUAUUCAGUUUUUCCCCCAAAUACUGCACAUAUACACCGGGCGGCUGCAGGAAAACCCGUGAUGUUAAAA